GUAUCUUUAAUAACUUUAGGCCUUAAGGGACACUUUGAACUCAGCCAAACCUCCCUCCUCUUCACUGUGCCUAUUCCAAGCCUUUCAUUUUAUACCAAUUUCAUGGCAGCCACUACCUCAGCUACAAGUAGCUGCUCCGGAUUCUUCAACCUCCGAUCAAAUAAUGAUGAGCCGAGGGUGGUCCGAUCCUCAUCAUCCACUCAUUGCUCACCUGCGGGUGGGUGCGGGAAGCUAGAUGGUGUUGCUAUGUGGUUCAUCAAUGGUGUAGCGACCGCAUUCUUCGCGUCGCUACAACGAUGUUCUUGCAUCCGUAUUGCCACGGAGGAGGAAGACGAUGGCGAGGAAGCCAACGACGUACCGUUGAUCCAUAGUGAUGGGAAUUACGUGAGGCAUGAAGCUGGAACGAUCAGCCGGAGGAGGAGGAAGAUCAUCUCUUAAAAGUGUGGAAAUAUUUUGGUUUAUUACAUAAUAUGGUAAGUUAAAUAUGAUGGGGGGAUUUUCAUGGAUUUUGUAAAAGUUUUAAUGGGAAUUUUCACUUUUUGUUUGAAUCAGUGAUGAAUAUGACAUGAUCAAAAUAAGAAGAAAAAGUUCACUAAAA